GCUGUUGUUAGCAUCACAGGCGUUUCUAGCACUGUUACUUCAUUCGGUACCACUGUGCGGAGUGAUUUGGUGCUUCAGAAUGAAAAUCACAUGUUUCUUGAUAUCAGUCUGUGGAGUGAUAUAGCUCGGAAUCUCAAUGGUCAGGAACUGGCUGUCCUUGGUCGUUCUGGGCCAGUCAUGCUUGCUGUUUGCUCACUGCGAGUCACUGGCGCUACGAAA